AUGGGACAGUCUAUAACAACCCCCUUAAGUCUCACUCUCCAGCACUGGGGCGACAUCCAAGACACAGCCAACAACCAGUCAUUGGAUGUCCGAAAGAAGAAAUGGAUUACUCUCUGCUAGUCCAAGUGGCCAACCUUUAAUGUUGCCUGGCCGCAAGACGGAACAUUUAACCUUGAUACUAUUUCACAGGUGAAAGCCAGAGUGAUGGAUCCAGGGCCACAUGGCCACCCGGACCAGGUUGCCUACAUCGUCACCUGGGAAGCCUUGGCUUCUGACCCUCCACCUUGGGUUAAGCCUUUCACAACCCCCGCACGUCCUUCCCUGACUCCUACCACUCCUUCCUUACCUCCCCCUCCUCUUACCACCCCGACCACAUCCUCCCUUUAUCCCACCCUCACAAAGAGUACAGUGACAAGGAAACCUUUGGGAAGCUCUAAGGCAGUCAAGGAGAAGUCCAAAAGAGCACCCACUGAGGUGUUACCGCCCAGUCCUGACUCUCCUCUUAUUGACUUACUCUCUGAUGAACCUCACCCAUACCAGGGUCCGGGACCUGAACAACAAGGAGAAGCUGCGGCUGCAGGUCCGGGGCCUCCCGAGCGACCCCCGACCCCGGAAGCGCCUGCCCCUUCGCCGAUGGCCUGGCGACUGAGAGGUCGGCGGGAGCCCCCGCCAGAUUCCACUUCUCACGCUCUCCCACUCCGGACAUGGCCAAACGGCCAACCCCAGUAUUGGCCCUUUUCGGCCUCUGACCUCUAUAAUUGGAAAAAUAAUAACCCUUCCUUUUCCAAAGACCCCACCACCCUAACCUCUUUGAUCGAGUCCAUUCUAGAUACUCAUCAACCCACCUGGGAUGAUUGCCAGCAGUUGCUGCAGGCCCUGCUGACCUCUGAAGAGAAACAGCGGGUCUUCCUCGAGGCUCAGAAAGACGUUCCCGGUGAAAAUGGCCGCCCCACGCUAUUGCCUAAUGAAAUUGAUGCUGCCUUCCCCUUGGAACGCCCUGGUUGGGAUUUCACUACGGUUGAAGGUAGGAACCACCUGCGCCUCUAUCACCAGUUGCUCAUAGCGGGUCUCCACGCAGCACACCACCCCACCAAUUUGGCCCAGGUAAAGCAGGUCAUACAGGGCUCGGAGGAAACUCCGUCAGCAUUUUUAGAAAGACUUAAAGAAGCCUAUCGUAUGUAUACUCCCUAUGAUCCAGAGGAUCCAGGACAGGCUACCAAUGUCUCUAUGACUUUUAUUUGGCAAUGAGCUCCUGAUAUCAGAAAAAAAUUAGAGAGGCUUGAUAACCUCAAGGAAAGCUCCCUACAGGAUUUAUUAAAAGAAGCAGAAUGCAUCUUUAAUAAGAGAGAGACAAUUGAGGAAAGAGAGGAACAGCCGUGUAAGGAGUCAGAACAGAGAGAGGAGAGAUUUAGAAAGGGAGCUGAGGAGAGAGAGAAUGCUAGGGAACGGAAACGGAACAAAGAAUUUAGCAAACUGCUGGCCACCGUCGUUUCAGGUCAGGAUAGAAAAGGACUUAAGACAGGGGGAGACUGGAAGGGACCCCGAGUGGAGAAGGUCCAAUGUGUCUAUUGCAAGGAAUGGGGACACUGGGUAAAGGACUGUCCAAAGCGACCCAGGGGGCCGAAGAAGCCCAGGCCCCCGACCUCCCUUCUGACCCUGGAGGAUUAGGACAGUCGAGGCCAGGAGCCCCCCCCCCAGCCCAGGAUAACUCUCAAUGUUGGGGGGCAACCAGUCACCUUCCUAGUAGAUACCAGAGCCCAGCACUCAGUCCUAACCCAUACUUUGGGACCACUCAGUUUCCGAUCGGCCUGGGUCCAAGGAGCUACAGGUGGUAAGAGAUACCGAUGGACGAAGGAUCGAAAAGUACAGCUGGCUACUGGUAAGGUGACACAUUCUUUUCUGCAUGUCCCGGAUUGCCCUUAUCCACUAUUAGGAAGAGACCUCCUCACUAAAUUAAAGGCUCAAAUUCACUUUGAAGAUAGAGGGGCUAACAUAAUGGGCCCCAAAGGGGCCCCCCUCCAGAUUCUCACACUGCAUCUGGAAGAUGAAUAUAGACUUUAUGAAACUCAAAGACCCCAGGGACCUGACAUGACUUCUUGGCUUGAUAAAUUCCCACUGGCAUGGGCCGAGACUGGGGGAAUGCGAUUAGUACUGCGACAUCCUCCGCUCAUAAUACAACUAAAGGCUACAGCUGCCCCCGUCUCCAUUAAGCAAUACCCCAUGUCUUAUGAGGCAUAUCAGGGAAUAAAACCUCAUAUAAGGAGGCUGCUGGACCAGGGCAUCCUCACCCCCUGUCGCUCAACCUGGAAUACUCCCCUACUGCUGGUAAAGAAACCUGGUACUGGGGAUUUUCGGCCAGUGAAGGAUUUAAGAGAGGUCAACAAGAGGGUAGAAGACAUAUACCCUACGGUCCCCAACCCUUAUACUCUACUGAGCACACUGCCACCUUCCCACACUUGGUACACUGUAUUUGAUUUAAAGGAUGCUUUCUUCUGCCUACAGCUGCAUCCUGUGAGUCAAUCUCUGUUUGACUUUGAAUGGAAGGAACCAGAUCUUGGGCUCUCAGGCCAAUUAACUUGGACCAGGCUUCCCCAAGGGUUCAAGAACAGCCCAACCCUCUUUGACGAGGCUUUGCAUCAAGAUCUGGCAGAUUUCAGGGUGCAGCAUCCUACCCUGUUACUGCUCCAAUGUCUGAUGCUGGCGGCAGAAUCAGAACAGGAGUGCAGGGAGGGCACAGAAGCCCUCUUGCAGACACUAGGACAAUUAGGAUAUCAGGCAUCCACAAAGAAGGCCCAAAUAUGCCAAAAAGAGGUCAUCUACCUAGGCUAUCAAUUAAGGGAUGGACAGAGAUGGCUGACUGAGGCACGUAAACAGACUAUUACUGACAUCCCUGCCCCUAAAAAUCCCCGCCAGCUGCGGGAGUUUCUGGGGACUGCAGGGUUCUGCCGCCUCUGGAUUCCAGGGUUUGCGGAGAUGGCUGCACCCCUAUACCCUCUCACCAAACAAGGGACUCUGUUUAAUUGGGGAGAGGAACAACAGAAGGCAUUCCAGGAUAUUACAAAGGCCUUGCUGGCCUCCCCAGCGUUGGGCCUCCCUGAUACCACCAAACCCUUCAAAUUGUUUGUGGACAAAUGGCAGGGCUAUGCUAAAGGAAUACUCACUCAGAGACUGGGCCCCUGGAAGCGUCCAAUAGCUUACUUAUCCAAGAAACUUGAUCCAGUAGCGUCAGGCUGGCCACCCUGCUUGCGAAUGAUAGAAGCCAUUGCAGUCCUUGUCAAGGAUGCCGGCAAAUUAACUCUGGGUCAGCCUUUAACUAUCCUAGCACCCCAUGCAGUAGAAGCCUUGAUUAGACAACCUCCAGACUGCUGGCUCUCCAACGCCCGCAUGACUCAUUACCAGGCCAUGCUCCUGGAUGCGGACCGAGUCCAAUUCAGUCCAGUGGUUGCACUUAACCCCGCCACUCUGCUCCCCCUGCUGGGAAAGCCAGAACUGCAUGACUGUCUCCAGAUCCUUGCAGAAAUGCACGGGACCAGACCAGACCUGAGGGAUCAACCCCUCCGAGAUGUAGACUACACCUGGUACACGGACGGCAGCAGCAUCCUGGUGAGCAGGGAGCGGAAGGCGGGAGCAGCCAUGACCACAGAGACGGAGGUAGUCUGGGCAAAAGCCCUUCCUGCAGGCACCUCAGCCCAGAGAGCUGAGCUCAUCGUGCUAACCCAGGCCCUUCAGAUGGCAGAAGGUAAGAGACUGAACGUCUAUACAGAUAGCCGAUACACCUUUGCCACUGCCCACAUACAUGGGGAAAUUUACCAGAGGCAAGGACUAUUAACUUCAGAAGGAAAAGAAAUUAAAAACAAGGCUGAGAUCCUGGCACUGCUAAAAGCCUUGUUUCUGCCUCAGAAAUUGAGCAUUAUGCAUUGCCCUGGCCAUCAAAGAGGCAAUAGCCCGGAGGCAAAAGGGAACCGACUAGCAGACACAGCUGCAAGGGAGGCUGCUCUAAACUCCCUCAGCACCACCUGAGCCCUUCCUUUGACGUGCCCAGGGGAGAAUCAGGGACUCAGACGCUCCCUGUCAUAUAGCCAAGAGGACAUAAAUCUCCUAAAGAAAAUGGGGGCCACUUAUGACCCCAAAAAGGGACAUUGGAUUUUCAAAGGAACAAUCGUUAGACCCAUGAGACAAACCUACGAACUGAUAGACUGUUUACAUAAACUAACCCAUCUGAGCCCCAAAAAGAUGAAGACUCUCCUAGAAUGCCAGGAGAUGUGACAAUACCUCCUAAAUAGAGACGGGGCCAUACAAAAAGUAACUGAUGAAUGCAAAGCCUGCGCCCAGGUAAAUGCAGGCAGGACUAAGCUCGAACCAGGGAUCCGAGUUCGAGGACACCGUCCCGGUACCCAUUGGGAAAUCGAUUUCACAGAGGUAAAGCCUGGAUUAUAUGGAUACAGAUACCUACUGGUGUUCAUAGACACCUUCUCUGGAUGGGUAGAAGCUUUCCCCACAAAACAUGAAAUGGCAAAGACUGUGACCAAGAAACUCUUGGAAGAAAUCUUCCCCAGGUAUGGGAUGCCCCAGAUCCUGGGUACUGACAAUGGGCCCACCUUCGUCUCCCAGGUAAGUCAGUUGGUGGCUAAGCUUUUGGGCAUUGAUUGGAAAUUACAUUGUGCAUACAGACACCAAAGUUCAGGAUAGGUAGAGUGCAUGAAUAGAACAAUUAAGGAGACUUUGUCUAAAUUAACGCUUGCAACUGUCUCUAGAGACUGGGUGCUCCUCCUGCCUUUAGCCUUAUACAGGGCCCGAAACACGCCGGGCCCACAUGGACUCACCCCAUUUGAAAUAUUAUAUGGGGCCCCGCCCCCAUUUAUGAAUUUCUUGGAUUCCAACAUUGCUGAUUUUGCUAAUAGUCAUUCUCUGGAAGCUCAUUUGCAGGCAUUACAGAUUGUCCAGAGAGAAGUCUGGAAACCACUUGCAGCAGCCUAUCGGGAGCAGCUAGAUAAGCCGGUGGUACCACACUCCUACCAGAUAGGAGACACUGUAUGGGUACGCAGACACCAGACUAAGAACCUGGAACCCCGGUGGAAAGGACCAUACACUGUCCUCUUGACUACCCUGACGGCACUAAAGGUUGACGGCAUCGCAGCCUGAAUCCACACUUCCCACGUCAAGGCCGACCACACCACGGGAGAGAAGAACCUGACCACGACCUCACCAUGGAGAAUUCAGCACACCCAAAACCCGCUAAAGCUAAGACUUACCCGUGGGGCCCCUUAA